AAGAUUCCAACUUUCAUCUCCACAUCCCAACCCCACCAUCCUCAUUAAAAUCCAUUUUCCAUUUCUUAACGUCUCCUUUUUCUGUUGCAAAAAACAAGAUUUUUGAAAAUCUCUUUGUUUUCCUCCCCCCUUUUUUCUUUUGAAAUUGUUAGUAUUUGAUUGACUUGAAAAACCCCAUUUUAGUAUUUUUUGGGAAAACAAUUUGAAAUGCGUAGGACUUGAAAGAAGAUAACAUGAGCUGAACCGAAACAAUAGAGUUUCUUGAAGCAGGGAAUUUACCUUAGCAGUACAACUUGGUCUCUUCAUAAUUUGUAUCGUUAGAUUUCACAUUAGGUGGAGAAGUACUUCUCACGCCAAUGACAAAGCAGAAGCUACAUUCUGAUUCAGUUGUGGGACUGAGGUACCGUGGCAAUAGCCUCGGGCUGCCCUCUGUCUCCAAAUUUCGCAGUGGGCAUAUGCCCUCUGGGAUGAAUGUUAGCCGUGUGAUUGAAAGCCUCUCCGCAUCGGACAUGGACACCUCUGAUUCCGAGGGUGAGGGCUAUGGUGCGCGCGACUCCCUUGAGGCGUCGCCUCAAGAUGAUAAAGUGGCCAAUGGUGGUGCUAGACACAUUGCUUUUGUGAAUGCACGUGCUACUAGUCCGGGGAAUUAUUAUGACAGAGUGGUAGUAGGGCGAGGUGGUGCACACCGUGGUUCUGCUUAUGAUGAGUCGUCUGAAUCUGUCACUAGCUCGGAAGUGAAUUCCACUCCGGCCAGCAGCAGCAACAACGGUGUUUCAGUGGAGAAGAGAUACAAUGCAGGGGCUAAUCUCUCUAGCACCAGCGCACAGCCAAAUAACCAAACCUUGAGACAGGACUUGCACAAUGUGAGGGAGCAGGAUAAGUUCUCUGAUGAUGAUACUCCAAGUGCACCUCCGCUAGCUGGGUUAUUUCAACAUCAAAAUCAAGUUUCUGAAAACCUUCCGACUGUUAGAGUUGAUGCCAACCCUUGCUCAGGAACAUCUAGAGGUUCUGUAGUCGAGAUUGAAUCCAACAAGUACAAGAGCACAAAGUUGGGUGCUGCAGAAGUUGGAACUUCUGAAGUGUCCGGCAGGAAUGCAGCUGUAUCUUCUCAUCCUUUGGGAGGUCGAUAUCCUACAUUUCAUGCAAGUGGCCUAGGCAACUGGUAUGCUGUUUUAUCCUAUGAUGCAUCCGUCCGACUAUGUCUUCACUCCUGGGCAAGGGGCUGUAUGGAAGCUCCUCCAUUUUUGGAAAAUGAAUGUGCGCUGCUGAGGGAUGCAUUUGGGUUGAGAAAUGUAUUGUUACAAUCAGAGGAAGAGCUGAUGAGGAAAGAUCCUUCCGAACUUGUGGGUGAAGGCGCUUUUGUAAAGACUAAGAAAACGAUUGGGAAGAUUAAAGUUCAAGUUCGUAAAGUAAAAAUGGGGAUGGAGCAACCCACUGGUUGCACGUUUACAUCUAUAAAAUCGUCAUCCAUGGUGAAGCUGGAAUCAUUUCAGCAUAGGUUAUCAAAUGUAAAAUCAAUUGUGUCAUCAGAGACAAGGGCGUUACGGACACAAAACAUAACCCCGGUUAUCACUGUAAACGGCUCUUUAUUGCAUAAAAGUGUUGCACACAUAAUUGUGGGGACUCGUAGGUAUUUGAGAGAAGUACCCAAGCUCAUUAAAAUUGGAUUUAAUGCUUGGCGUAGCAGUGCAACAACUUAUGAAGUGGUACAAGAAUCAUAUUCCUGUUUGUUGAGAUUGAAAAGUUCGCCUGAAGAGGAUGCGUUGAGAAUGCAGCCAGGGUCUGGUGAAGCGCGUGUCUUCUUGCCAGAUGGGUUUGGAGAUGAUCUGAUAAUUGAAGUCCAAGAUUCGAAGGGAAAGUAUUGUGGGCAUGCUCUUGUUCAGGUGGCUGACCUUGCUGAUGAAUCGGGUGAGAAGGUUCGUCAGUGUAUUAUAUCUCGGGAACCAGAGCACGAACAAGUUGGGAAAAUACAGUUAUACAUCAACUAUUCAACCACCGCCGAUGAAAAUAGUUACAAGUGUACAUCGGUAGCCGAGACUAUUGCUUACGAUUGUGUUUUGGAGACUGCAAUGAAAGUUCAACAGUUUCAGCAAAGAAACUUGUUGCUGCACAGUUCGUGGAAAUGGUUGGUGGAUGAAUUUGCCUCUUACUUUGGCGUUUCAGAUGCAUACACGAAGCUCAGGUACCUUUCAUAUGUUAUGGAUGUCGCCACACCAACAGCAGAUUGUCUCGACUUGGUGCACGACUUGCUGCAGCCUGUGGUAAUCAAAGGCAAAAGUAAGCACACAUUGAGUCACCAAGAGGUCCGUCUUCUGGGAGAAGUGUCUGAUCAAAUCGAGCAGAUACUCACUUUGGUCUUCGAGAAUUACAAGUCACUCGAUGAAUCAUUGCCGUCAGGUAUUAAAGACGUGUUCGGACCUGCUACAGGAGUGGCAGCACCUGCGCUUGCUCCAGCUUUGAAGCUUUACAAAAUGCUGCACGACAUUCUUUCACCCGAGGUGCAGUUAAAGUUGUGCAGAUAUUUCCAGAAUGCUACAAGAAAAAGGUCAAGGAGGCACUUGUCGGAAACUGAUGAAUUCGUUUCCAGCAAUAACGAAAACAUUUUAUUGGAUCCCGUGGCCGUCUCCACAGCUUAUAAGAAAAUGAAAACACUUUGCUUGAAUAUACGCAAUGAGAUUCUGACUGACAUCGAAAUCCAUAAGCAGGAUAUUCUUCCUAGUUGUAUAGACCUUCCAAACCUUGCAUCGUCAAUAUAUAGCACAGAACUCUACAGCAGAUUACGAGAGUUCCUUGUUUCUUGCCCUCCUUCUGGUCCUUCGCCUCCGGUUGCAGAACUUGUCGUAGCUACUGCUGAUUUUCAAAGGGAUCUUUCUUUGUGGAAUAUUAGUUAUAUCAAAGGAGGGGUUGAUGCUAAAGAGCUGUUUCAUCUGUAUAUAACCAUUUGGAUCCAAGACAAACGUCUUGCUUUGCUCGAAUUAUGCAAACUCGACAGGGCCAAGUCUUCCUCCUUUUCAACAACUCCAUUCAUCGAUGAUAUCUAUGACCGGCUAAGGGAGACACUCACUGAAUAUGACGUGAUUAUCAGUCGCUGGCCGGAAUAUACUUUCGCUUUGGAAACUGCCAUAGCGGAUGUUGAGAAGGCGGUGGUCGAGAGCUUGGAGAAGCAGUAUGCUGAUGUCCUAUCUCCAUUGAAAGAAAACACGAUUAACAAGAGAUUUGGACUCAAAUACGUCCAGAAAUUUGCAAAGGGAAAUUCACCUCCUUAUACCGUUACUGCUGAGUUGGGCGUGCUUCUGAACUCGAUGAAAAGGAUGCUGGAUAGUCUGCGCCCCCAGAUAGAAGCGCAGUUGAAGCAGUGGGGAUCGUGCAUGCCUGAAACUGGGAAUAUGGUCCCCGGAGAGAAACUCAGUGAGGUAACAGUGAUGAUAAGGUCCAAAUUCAGAGCUUACGCGCAAGCUGUUGUAGAUAAACUCGUUGAAAACACGAAGCUGCAUAAUGUGACGAAGUUGAAGAAAAUAAUUCAAGACGCCAAGGAGAACGUGAUAGAGUCUGAUUUGAGGCAGAAAAUGCAGCCUUUGAAGGAGCUGCUGACUAACACGAUCAAUCAGUUGCACACUGUGCUUGAAACUCAAGUGUUUGUGAUGGUCUGUCGUGGUUUCUGGGAUCGCAUGGGCCAGGACGUCUUGAAGUUUCUAGAAGACAGGAAAGAGAACAGGUCGUGGUACAAAGCCUCGCGAGUUGCAGUAAAUGUUUUAGACGAUGCGUUUGCAUCACAGAUGCAGCAGCUGAUGGGGAAUGCACUGCAGGAGAAGGACUUGGAGCCCCCGCGAUGCAUUCUUGAAGUGCGAUCAAUGCUCUGCAAAGAUGUGGCAAACAACAAGAGAGGCAACUACUACUAUUAGAGACGAGGGGAGCUGAUGCAACAAGGGGCUUGAACGCGAUUGACUUGAUCAGCUCGUUCCACUGCUAGGAUUUGAGGUAACUGGCUGCACGUUUGGCCUCUAGAAACAUAGCUCGGUCUUCUCCCACGCAGACGUAGGAAUACCAGAGAGCAGAGCCUUGGUUAAAUUUUGAGGGAAUUCAUGCGGGAAGGCCAAUAUCUCAUGGCUUCUUGUUUAUGUGAAUGUGACAUAUAGGAAAGUCAUUUUCUUCUUGUAUGAUAAUCAAUCAUUUCACAAUGCCUUUUGAUCAAUAAUAAAUCAAGUUGAAUA